CGACAGUUCAUGGCCCGCCAAGGGCUCCAACCGGACACCGUCCCUCUUCACCACGGAGCCAAAGGCCACUGGAUUGGAAAUAAGGGCGCCAAAAACGUUCUCGUGUACUACCACGGCGGCGGCUUUUCCCUCUAUGCGUACGCCCAGCACUACAACUUGAUAGGUCACACCAUCGACCACCUCAACAAAUCAGGGCACGACCUUGCCGUCUUCUUCCUUGAAUACUCUCUCACCCCGCACGCCGUCUAUCCCACGCAACUGCGCCAAGCCCUCGAAGCUCUCCGUUACAUCCUCACCGAGACAGGUCGCUCCCCAGCAAACGUUUUCCUGGGCGGUGAUUCCGCCGGCGGAAACCUCUCUCUUGCCGUGCUGUUACAUCUCACCCAUCCACACCCGGACAUCGAUCCGCUAGCUAUCUCCCAGCCAUUGGCUGGCGUGUUCGGUCACGCUCCCUGGGUCAGUUACAGAACCGACGGUGCUAGUGUCCAGGAAAACGCAUUCAAGGAUCUAGUCACUGCCGAAGGCCUCGACUUUUGGUCCAAUGCGUAUCUGGUGGGCAAGGGUGGGCAGGGAGACCCGUGGAGUGAGCCGGCAAGAGCACCUCUGGAGUGGUGGGAGGGGUUGAAGACGGAGAAUGUCCUGAUUGUUGUGGGGAGAGAUGAGGCUCUGUUCUCGUCUGUGGAGGAGUUCGUGAAGAACUUAAAGAAAGUCGUUCCCAAUACGGUUUUUGUCGUUGGACAGGGCGAAACUCAUGUUGCGGCUGUCUAUGCGGCGGAUAUAGUUGGUGUUGACACCCAGCAGAGUCAGGCGAUAAUAAAUUGGCUGGGUGCUCGAUUGUGAGUUUGGCUUUGACUGCCUUGCAGCGUUAUGGCUAUUGCAGGCGAAAUGCAGAUAGGAUUGAAUUCCGGUGCUAAGGUAACUUAUUGUCUACCCCUGGGCAUCUAUAGGAUAUUAGGAAACUAUAUAACCAUAGUAGGGCGAGCAAAUUGGAGUCCAGAUGACAUGUU